UCGUAUGUGAUUUGUUAUAAAAAGUUAUUAAAAAAAUAUUUUUGUAGUCUGUGUACGCUUCCACUUCCAAUUCCAUAACCAAUUAUCAAAUCGCAAAACUCGCUUUCUCGCUUUGUUUCCAUGUAUCCAUCGCCCACCGUGUUUUUAUGCGUUUGUUUAGUGUACUUUUAUAAGUGCAGUGAUUUUGUUUGCAGUGUUCGUAAUGUUAACAUUUUAUAUAUUAAGUGAAAUACGAUUUUUAUUUGUAAAUUAAAACAUGUUUCUUACAUCUGUAGUCAUAGUUAAGUGUUGCGAGUGCCCACCGGUGGAGUACCAUCCUCGCAAUGGCGGAAGAGCAGGCAUGCCUCGUGCGUGCGAGAUCUGACUCUGAAAGCUCCUCCAAACUUGGCAGCUUUGGAUCAAUUACCCGCACUAUGACUUAUACAGAGGAUAGACUGACCGGUGCUGAAGGUGCCGGUGAGCCUGGCAAUGUGUCUGUGCCCACAGCCAGCCCCCCAGAGCAAGUACCAGAUGGCAAUGAGAGUGGAGAGCUCUUAGACUAUAAUGAUUCUAGUGUGUUAGAACAAUUCCAUGAAGAUGCCUUGCGACAGGCGGGCUGUGGUCUAUCGCAAGCACGGGUGUUACUUGCCGUAACACUGGCUAUAGCGGGUGCAUCCCUUGAGCUAGCUGCCAUACCUUUUGUGCUGCCCUCAGCUGAAAUUGAACUCUGUAUACUGCCACAUGAAAAGAAUUGGCUUGUACUAAUCAGCCUGGUGGGCGGCUCGCUGGGCGCGGUGGGGUGGGGUGCUCUGGGUGAGCGGCUGGGGCGGCGCCGCACUUUGCUGUCGUGUCUCGCGGUUAAUGCGGUGUUUGCAGCCAUUGCUGCUUUCAUGCCCACCUACGGCACCUUCAUGAUGGCCAGAUUCUGUUCAUCAAUCGGCUCUGGUGGCACGGCGUCCGUGGGCUACACUUACUGCGGCGAGUGGUGCGCGCGCGCACGCCGGCGCCGCGCACUAGCACUGUUGGCUGCAGGAGCCGGCGCCGGCGCCCUGCUCGCGGCUGCGCUUGCGCACGCUGUACUGCCUGACACCGGCGCGGAUGCACUCAGAGAGAAUAAGGAGCACUUUAGUGCCUGGCAUAGAUACCUUCUUUUAUGCACGUUGCCAAUACUUGCGUCGUUAGUGAGUCUGAUCUGGACGCAGGAGUCGCCGCGGUACUUGCUCGACGUCGGUCGGGAAGUUGAUGCUAUGAUGGUCUAUCAGAGCAUACACAGCAGCAACCAGUUCCGCGUGUGCGGCAAGGCGGAGGUGGCGGCGGGUGCGGGAGACGCGGAGUACCGGCUGGGCGAGCUGGCGCUGCCCGGCAAGCGGCGCCCGCCCGCGCUGCACCAUGUGCGACAUAGUGUUAAAAUGUUCUGGCAGGCAUUUUUUCAACUAUUUUCAAGUCCCUACAGAAGUACUACAGUCUCGUUAGGAGGGAUAUUACUCUUUAGUAUGGCUAUACAGUAUUACUUGUCAUCGUACGUGCCGGCAACAGUGGUGUCAGCGGAGAACGAGCAAUUCGAAGCGGCAAAACGUUGGAUAACGAACGAGUCGUUCGUCAACGAGCAUUACAACGAGACGUUGGAGAACGCACAGUUCGUGGGCGUGGCUUUCCGCGACUGCAGCUUCCGUGACAUGAUCGUCUCCCACGUCACCUUCCAAAACUGCACCUUUACUAAUGUAUCCUUCUCCAAUAUCAUGUCUUCCUUUACAAUGUUUAAGGAUUCCGUCUUUAUUAAUAGCAGUAUAAUCGACACGGACAUGGAGGUGGGGCGCGAGCUGUCCGAAUGUGUACUGUCGGGGAGUGUAGUGCGCGGUAUCCGCGGCGGCUGCGCGCGACACGCAGACCUGCGCUCGCACCUCGCCGGCCUGCGCGCCGAACAAGCGCACGCCGCCCGCGCCGCACUCGCCGGCGCCGCGCUAGCACUACUGCCCCACCCCACCACCGUACGACCAACCGUUAUCCUGUGCGCGGCGUGCAUAGUUGUGUCCCCCUCUAUCUACUUCACACGUGACGAGACGGUGUUGUACAUCAUAGAGGCGGUGUACAGAUUGCUAGUUACACUUAUAUUCUACAAUGUCGGACUAGAUGUCGUGGAUUCCUACCCUGCUAAUUUAAGAUGUACAGCGCACGGUCUAAUACUGUCAGUGGCGUACAUGGGCGGGGCGAUAGUGAAGGGCGCGGGCGAGGCGUGCGCUUCACUCAGCACUCUGCUCUGCGCCCUGCUGGCCCUCGCCGCCACCGCACUCUCACUCUACAAGCGAUAGGUACACAGGUAUUGAAGUUGUCUAAUAUCUUGGCGGCUCGAAACAUCGUACGAGUAACUGCUCAGAACACAAUUUUAGUUAUUAAAAGGAUGCGGGUGAUGGCAGCGCGCAGCUCUUCAGCCGCCAGGAUAUUUGAAUCAGCUUAUACAGUCAGUCGUUCAAAGUGUUUCACAUACAGAAAAUAACUCUGCUCUUUCUUACACAAUUAAUUUGAUUUGUACAAAAAAAACUACUGCUAUGAAGAUAGAGCACCGACAGCAAACCUCACUGUACUUUAUGAGUUCAUUGUAGGAAGACAAUUUUACCUCAGAACUCCACUAAGAGACGAAAAUAUCUAUCAAUACAAGUUUCACUAAUCGACACACAUAUAUAAUGAAAAAUAUAUCUUGGUUAAGAAAUAUUUUGGAGUGUUCGUAAAGUACAGGACGAAGUCACAGGCGGCAGCUAGUAGUAUAAACAAUAUUGAUCUGAAGGCUGCUUUAGAUACGUGGUACAUGAACAGCGUUCCACCGUAUUACUCGCGAUGAUGCGAUUGCGAGACUUGGCUAGAAUCAUUCUUUUAUGGAAAAUAAUAAAUGAACUUGAAAUUAGUAAUAUGUUAAUGCAUUCCUAAAAUCUAUUUUUUAAAAGGUACAACAAUUAGGCAAAUAGGACUAAAACAUCCGCACGCCAUUGCUAAUAAACCUAUUUCUACUACCAAAUAUCAAAAUCAACAAGUCUACUAAAACUAUAAAAAUGUAUCAAAGUAAUGAAAAAAUGGGUUAAGUAAAAAAAAAUCAUCAUCAUCAUUCAUCCGA